AUGAUUCCGACUGCGGUCCCAGUGGGUGGUAGAUGCGAUACAAAGGACUCUUUGACUAGAGCACCCCCUUUGUUCUUGAAGCUUGAACGACGUGACCCUGACCCAGAAUUUCUGGAAAGUUCAUCAACGGGAAAGCAGCGACGUGCAGAUGAACAGGAGGACGUUGCUACCAAGCUGGCACAAUCACGGCAGAGGAUGGACGUCGUGCAAGUUACAGCUGCCAAGUCUCCCUGCGGCGAACUCGGUGCCAUCUUACAUGUGGAAGGACGUGAGGCACAAAGCGAUGGGUUUCCCAACCAUCUCUACUACACCAAUGAUGAACUGCCUGAUCCCUUUGGCGGCAUUGGUUUUUGCAGUGGCAAGGGCCAUAGUCAUUUUUCUGGGCAAGGAUAUAGAGACAGUGGUUGGCAAGAUAUUGGUCUCAAAGCAUUGUAUGAGGGGUGUGCAGGAGUUGGAGGGUUGUACGACUGCCCUAUUUGCCUCAUGGAUGCGGGGCACUAUAUCUUCAAACCUGAGAGCCCGCCUCCAGCUUCUUCAUCAUCCACCUUGUCGACGACCUCCCCAGACACUUCAGUGUCCUCCUCCAGCCCUCAACCGUGUGUCUUCCACCUUGUCCAAUGCAUGUGGGAUGGUGGCGUUUGUGGUGACAGUAUCUUAUUUCAAAACUACAUGUAG